AUGGGGGUGCUGAGGCCGUGGAGUGCUUUCCUCCUGGCCCUGCUCUUCCCCCUGGCGCUACCUUGGGAAGGCGGAAGGGAGGCGCUAGAUUCAGAGGCGCCGACCGUCUUCGCCGCCUCCGCAGCCUCUUCCCUGCCGCUGAUCCAAAUGCUCCUGAGCCAGGCGCCCCCCAGAUCCUGGCUCCCCGGUCGGAGCCGGAGGCGAGCCAACGGGGGGCAGCCCCUGCGCUACAUGCGGAACCUCUACCGGAGCGUGGCGGACCGGCACGGCCGCCCCCGCAGGGACGGGCGCCUCUCCAGCAACACGAUCCGCCUGGUCCGACCGUCGGCCAAGGCCCGCCAGGCGGAGGCAGGCCCCUGGUUCAUCUGGGCCCUUGACUACCGCCUGGAAGUGCAAGCGCCAGCCCAGCGCCUGAUCAGAGCUGUUGCUGUCUACGUUCAACGUCCAUCCUCACCUCACGGCCCCCUCUGGUGCACAGCCAGCCCGCUCCCUGGUGGAAGCGCCCUGCCGCAGGUGGCAGUCAGCCCGACUCUGCUGAAGAAUGCCACCGCCACGUCGGCUGCGGACAGCUGGGUGGAGCUGGACCUCUCCUGGCACCUCCAGCCAUGGUCCUGGGCUGCCCAGAAUAGCCACCUGCUCCGCCUGCAUCAUGCCUGCUCCUUCCUGGAGCGGGCCUGGAGCUCUCCCCGUGGACCUGGUGGGGGGCACCCCCCCUCCCUGGAGGAUCCCUUCUUGCUGCUCUACCUCAAGGACACUUGGAGACCCUUCAGGGCUUCUGUGGGCGGGGAGCUCCCCCAAAGCUCUACCCGUAUCCGCAGGGUGCGCCGGGCUGAGAAACUGAACCUGGACCUGCCCCGCUAUGGCCGCCGCCGCCGCCCCAGGGCCAGGCCAAACGAGUGCGCCCUCCACCCCCUCCGUGUGACCUUUCGCCAGCUGGGCUGGGACCACUGGAUCAUCGCCCCCCACUCGUACCGGCCUCAGUACUGCAAGGGAACCUGCCCGCGGGUCCUACGCUACGGCUACAACUCUCCCAACCAUGCCAUCGUCCAGAACCUGAUCAACGAAUUUGUGGACCCAAACAUGCCUCGCCCUUCCUGCAUUCCCCACGAGUACAGCUCCAUGGGCGUCCUCAUGAUUGAGCAGAAUAACAACAUCCUGUUCAAGGUGUAUGAGGACAUGAUCGCCAAGUCCUGCACCUGCCGAUGAGCAGCC